AUGUGGAGGAGCAGCAGCUACUUCUCUAGCAGCAGCUGCUGCUGCUGGUUGCUGCUGCUGCUGCUGCUGCUGCUGUUCUCCACCCGUGAAGAAGCAGCAGCAGCAGCAGCAACAGCUGCUACUGCUUCUGCUGCGCCGCCACCAACGACGACUGCUGCUGCAGCAACAACUGCAGCAGCAGCAAAUACAGCAGCAGCAGCAGCAGCAGCAAGAGCAGUACCAGAAUCAGCAGCAGCAGCAGCAGCACGUCCUGCAGCAGCAGCACCAGCAGCAAACUCAUCUCCUGCAACAGCCCCAACAGCAGCAGCAGCAGCAGCAGCAGGAAGGCCAGCAGCAGCAGCUUAUCCACUGCAAAAGCCAGCAGCAGCAGGAGCAGCAGCUCCGGCUCCACACAGAGCAGCAAACGCUGCAGCAGCAGCUGCACCGAGAUCAGCAGCAGCAGCAGCACCGAGAGCAGCAGCAGCAGCAGUACCGGCACCAGCCGCAGCAGCAGCACCAGCAGCAGCAGCAGCACCAGCGCCGGCACUAGCAGCAGCAGCAGCAGCAGCACCUGCAGCAGCCAAAACACCUGUUGCAGGCGCAGCAGCAGCACCACAAGCAAAAGCAGCUGCAGCACCACAAGCAGGAGCAGCAAUAGCAGCAGCAGCACCAUCAGAGCCAAGAGCAGCAGCGGCGGCACCUGCUGCUGCUGCAGCAACACCUGCUGCUACUGUCGCAACACCUGCUGCUGCUGCAGCAACACCUGCUGCUGCUGCAGCAACACCUGCUGCUGCUGCAGCAACACCUGCUGCUGCAGGAGCAGCAGAGAGAGCACGGCCAGUUGCUUCUACAGAGAACGCCGCCGCAGCAGCUGCAGCACCACCAGCAGCGUUAGCAGCAGCACAAGCAGCAGCACAAGCUGCUGCUGCUGCAGCAAGAGCAGCAGCAGCAAGAGCGGCAGCAGCAGCAGCAGCAGCACGAUCGACACCUGCAGCAGCGGUCCCAGCAGCAGCAGCAGCAGCAGCAACCAGAGCAGUCCCAGCGACUGCAGCGAGAGCAGCACCACACCCUGCUGCAGAGGCGCCGUCAGCAGCAAAAGCAGCAGCAGCAACAACAAAUGCAGCAGCAACAACAAAUGCAGCAGCAACAGCAACAAGAGCAGCAGCAGCACCUGCAGCAGUCCCAGCAACUGCAGCAGCAGCACCUGCAGCAGCAGCAACUGCAGCAGUAGCACAAACAGACCAGAGGGAAGCAGUAGCAGCACAUGAGGCAGCAUCAGCAGCAACAACAAAAGCAGCAGCAACAAGAACAAAUGCAGAAGCAGCAACAGCAAAUGCAGCAGCAGCAACAACAAAUGCAGCAGCAAGUACAGCAGCAGCAGCAAAAAAAGCAGCAACAGCAGCAGCAACAGAAACAGCAGCAGCAGCACAAAGAGACACAGUAACAGCCAAAAGUGCAGCAGCGCCGCCAGCAACAGCACUUGCAGCAGCAGCACGUGCAGCAGCAACACCGGCAGGAGCAGCAGCAGCAAAACCUGCAGUAGCAGCACCUGCAGCAGCAGCGCCAGCAGCAGUAGCAACUACAGCAGCUGCACCAGCAGCGGCAGCAGCAGCACCAGCAGCAAGACAAGCAGACGCCACAGCAAAACAAGCAGCAAGAGAAGCAACAGCAUCUGCACCGGCAGCACCUGCAGCAGCAGCAAAGGAAGCAGCAGCACGGCAAGCAGCAGCAGGUGAAGCAGCAGCUAACGUAGCAGCAGCAAGACAAGCAGCAGCCAGACAAGCCGCAGUGCCUGCAGCAGAAGCACCUGCAGCAGCAGUACCUGCAGCACCACAACAAGUAGAAGCGAACGAAGCAGCAGCGAAGGUAGCAGCAGCAUCUGCAGCAGCAGCAAAAGCAGCAAUUGCAACAGCAGCACCUGCAGCAGCAAGGCAAGGAACAGCAAACGAAGCAGCAGCACGGCAAGCAGCAGCACCUGCAGCAGCAGGGAGAGGAACCGCAGCAAGAGGAGCAGCAGCAAAGGAAGCAACAGCAAGACAAGCAACAGCGCCUGCAGCAGGAGCUGCUGCAGCAGAAGCACCUGCAGCAGCAGCAGCAGCAGCAGCAGCAGCAAGACGAGAAGCAGCACCUGCAGCAGCAAAGGGAGCAGCACCAGGCGCUGCAGCAUCAAAUGAAGCAGCAGCAGCCGCUGCUGCUGGAGUAGCAGAGCCGGCCGCAGCAACAGCCGAAGCAGCAACAAAACUGAGAGCAGCAGCAGCAAAGGAAGAACCGGCAGAAGAAGCAGCAGCAGCAGCAGCAGCAACGGGAGCAGCAGGGAGACAAGCAGCAGCAAGACAAGAAGCAGCAAACGCAGAAGAAGCAGCAAACGUAACAGCAGCAGCAAGACAAACAGUAGCAGCAGCAGGGCAUCCAGCAGCAGCAGGAGCACAGCAGGCAGCAGCAACAGCAGAGCAGGCGAAGAAAGCAACAACAGCAGCAGCAAGAGCAGCAGCAACAACAGCAGUAGCUGGAGCAGCGGCAAAGGAAGCAAAAACAGCAGCAGCAGCACAACAAGCCGCAGCAACAGCAGCAGCAGAGAGAGUAUCAGGUGAAGCAACAGCAAAUCAAGCUGCCAGCCCAGCAGCAGCAAAGGCAGCAGCAGCAGAACAAGCAGCAACAAGACAAGCAGCAGCAGCAGCAGCAGCAGCGAGCCAAGCAGCACCUUCUGUUGGUGCCUUCACUUUUCGUGCGUCGGCUAAUGAGCAAGCAGCAGCAGCAGCAGCAGCAGAACAAGCAGCAGCAGCAAAGGCAGCACCAGCAGCAGCAGAACAAGCAGCAGCAGCAAAGGCAGCAGCAGCAGCAGCAAAGGCAGCAGCAGCAGCAGCAAAGGCAGCACCAGCAGCAGCAGAACAAGCAGCAGCAGCAAAGGAAGCACCAGCAGCAGCAGAACAAGCAGCAGCAGCAGCAAAGGAAGCACCAGCAGCAGCAGAACAAGCAGUAGUAGCAAAGGAAGCACCAGCAGCAGCAGAACAAGCAGCAGCAGCAAAGGCAGCAGCAGCAGCUAAAGCAGCAGCAGGAGCACAAGCAGCAGCACCAGAACAGGCAGCAGCAGCAGCAAAAGCAGCAGCGGCAGCAGCAAGUGCAACAGCAGCAGCAGAAAAAGCAGCAGCAGCACAACAAGCAAGAGCCACAGAGGCAGCUGCAGACGAAGCAGCAGCAGCAGGAGGAGCCCGUGUUUCAGCAGCAGCAGCAGCAGCAAAGCAAGCAGCAGCAGGCCGAUCACCAGCAGCAGCAACAGCACACCAGUCAGCAGACGGAGCAGCAGCAUUCGUUACGUUUGCUGCUACCUCCCUUCGCCGUCUCUCAGCUAAAGAACAAGCAGCAACAGAAGCAGCAGCAGCAGCAGCAGCAACACCAGUGGCAGAUCAUGCCCCAGCAGCAGCUGCAGCAACAGAAGCAGCAGCAGCAGCAGCAGCAGCAGCAGGAGCACUGAUUCCUUCUGCUGGUUCCUCUUUGAUCCAGCUGUCAACUCAAGAAGAAACAGCAGCAGCAGCAGCAGCAGAAGACGCCACAGCAGCAGCAACACCAGCAGCAGCAGCUGCUGCAGCAGCAGGAGCUGCAACAGCAGCGGACGAGGAGAAAUCCACAGAAGCAGCAACAGCAGCAGCUGCUGCAGCAGCAGGAGCAGUUGUUCCUGCUGAUGCUCCCUCAGUACGGCGUCUAUCAGCUCAAGAACAAGCAGAGGCAGCAGACAAUAGCCCAGCAACAGCAACAGCAACAGCAGCAGCAUCAGAAGCAGCAGCAGCAUCAGAAGCAACAGCAGACGAUGAAUCCACAUCAGCAACAGCAGCAGCAACAGAACCAUCAACAGCAGCAGCAACAGCAGCAUCAGCAGACGCUGAGUCUACAGCAGCAGCACCAGAAACAGGAGCAGGAGGACGAGCAGCAGCAGGAGCAGCAGGAGCAAUUGUUGCUGCUGCUGCUGCUGCUGCUGCUGCCCCAGUGAGGCGUCUGAGUGGGGGCGAAGUCUGUAAGACAGUGCUAGUCCCUCAGCUAUCGAUUUGUAAGAAGAAAAUAGCAGUAAAGGAAGCAUACAGCUGCUUAAAGACAGUAGAAAAAGAAAUAGAAAGAGAAGAAAAAUAUAAAUGUAAGAAACCAACAACUAUAUUAAAAUGCACAAACAAACAAAGACAUCAUCCUCAUCCACAACAUAAACAGCAUCACGAAGAGCAGCUGCAGCUGCAGCAGCAGCAGCAGCUUCUGCUGCUGCAGCAGCAGCCGCAGCAGCAGCUACUCAUGCCUUCUCCUCCUCUUCUUCCUGAUGAUCUUGAAGAAGAAGUCAUAGACCAGCAAAUACUUCAACAGCAACACCCGCAUAUGCAGCAGCAGCAAGAACAGCAGCAAUACAUGCAGCAAAUGCAGCAAAUGCAGCAGAUGCAGCAGAUGCAACAAAUGCAGCAGAUGCAGCAGCAGCAAUUACCAGUAGCACAGGACCUGCUAGAUCUAGAAGAAGACACCCUAGACGAAGACCCCCUUCAACUUGAGGGCCCCCUUCAAGGGGGCCCCCAAAUGGGGGGGCCCCUCCAGGGGGCCCCUCAAAUGGGGGGGCUCCUCCAGGGGGCCCCUCAAAUGGGGGGGCCCCUCCAGGGGGCCCCUCAAAUGGGAGGGGGCCUCCAGGGGGCCCCGCAAAUGGGGGGGGCCCUUCAAGGGGCCACCCAAAUGGGAGGGGGCCUCCAGGGGGCCCCCCAAAUGGGGGGCCCCAUUCAGGGGGCCCUUCAAAUGGGGGGCUCCCUCCAAGGGGCCCCCCAAAUGGGGGGGGGCCUUCAAGGGGCCCCCCAAAUGGGUGGAGCUCUUCAAGGGGCCCCCCAAAUGGGAGGGGCCCUUCAAAUGGGAGGCCCCCUACAGGGGGCCCCUCAAAUGGGUGGAGCCCUACAGGGGGCCCCUCAAAUGGGGGGGGCCCUUCAAGGGGCCCCCCAAAUGGGGGGGGGCCUUCAAGGAGCCCCUCAAAUGGGGGGGAGCCCCCAAAUGGGGGGCCCCAUUCAGGGGGCCCUUCAAAUGGGAGGCCCCCUACAGGGGGCCCCUCAAAUGGGGGGGGCCCUACAGGGGGCCCCUCAAAUGGGGGGGGCUCUUCAAGGGGCCCCUCAACUAAGGGGGCCCCUCCAGGGAGCCUCUCAAAUGGGGGGAUCCCUUCAGGGGGCCCCCCAAAUGGGGGGCCCCCAAAUGGGGGGCCCCUUUGAGGGGAACCCUGGGUAUGAGGAUGGGGCCAUUGAUGAUUCCUACUUAGAUGAGAGCGGCAACAUGUUUGAAGAAGACGAAUUUAAUGAAGAGCGGUUUGGAGAGGGCCCAACGGGGGUGUGGGGUGGGGGAAUAGGAGAAGGACAAGCAGCAGCAGCAGCAGCAGCAGGAGCAGGAGGAGUAGCAGCAGCAGCAGGAGCAUCAGGAGCAGCAGCAGCAGCAGCAGCAGCAGCAGCAGCAGCAGCAGGAGCAGGAGAUAGCUAUUAUAACUUAAACCUCAACGGGGGUUUGCUGCAGCAGCAACGAAUGCUCGGUGUAAAGAAGAAGAAGAGAGGUAGGGAGGCCCCGCAGGAGAGCGGUGUUGUUGCGGUUGCUGUUGCUGCUGCUCCUGCUGCAGCAGCAGCAGCAGCAUACACCAGCAGCAGCAGCAAAGAGGCACCUGAACGGGUAUGCAAGCGGGUAAAGAAGAUGGUGGAAGCAACAUGCACAAGGACAGUAGCAGCAACAGAAGCAUAUCCCUGCAUGCAGCAGCAGCAGCAGCCCCACUGCAUAACAGUUGCUGUUGAUGUUCCAGCUGUAUGUACAGUAGAAGUGCAGCAGCAAGUUGCUGCUACAUGCACUCAAUAUAAGCAGCAGAAGCAAUGUAAGAAAAUCAACGUGAAGGUUGCGGGUACUUGCGUACGAGAGGUGAUGGUGCAAGAGGCAUAUGAAUGCAUGCAGCAGCAGCAGCAAGAAGAAU